AGACAUUAUACUUCCACCGUGAAGGCCAACUCAACAACAACCUGAAAAAGGACUGCGAUUUCUUGUGCACAGAGAAGCGGAGAGAGAGAGAGACACGAAGGAAAAUGCCUAGAGAAACCCUAGCUUCUUCUUCGUCUUCAUCUUCAACUUCAUCGAGUGGUGCCAACAACCCACCUCCUGAAGACGCUUGGGUCGACGCUUACCAGAGACUACUCCCCCAAUGGCAAUCUCUCUCUCUCUCCCCCCAGUCAAUCAUCCCUAUUUCAAUAUCAAGAGUUAAUCAAGUUGAUGCACAACGGCUCGACAUUGAAAUGUCAGCCAUGUUGAAAGAACAGCUGGUUAAGGUCUUUUCUUUAGUGAAGCCAGGACUGUUAUUUCAAUAUGAACCUGAACUUGAUGCUUUUCUUGAGUUUCUCAUUUGGAGAUUCUCCAUUUGGGUUGAUAUGCCCACACCGGGAAAUGCUCUCAUGAAUUUGAGGUAUAGAGAUGAACGAGCAAUAGAACCCAGAGGAAAAGUCAGAAUGGGUUUGGAAGGACCUGGACUCACUGUUGCACAGAAACUGUGGUAUUGUGUUGCUACUGUUGGUGGUCAAUAUAUCUGGUCUCGUUUACAAUCAUUUUCCGCUUUCCGUAGAUGGGGUGAUUCUGAGCAGAGGCCACUGGCACGCCGAGCAUGGACUUUAAUACAACGCAUAGAAGGAAUUUAUAAAGCUGCUUCAUUUGGGAACCUGCUUAUAUUUCUAUACACAGGAAGGUAUCGAAAUCUUAUUGAGAGAGUACUACAGGCAAGGCUUGUCUAUGGAAGCCCUAAUAUGAACAGAGCUGUUAGCUUUGAGUACAUGAAUCGCCAGUUAGUGUGGAAUGAAUUCUCGGAAAUGUUAUUGUUACUUCUUCCUCUUCUCAAUUCAUCAUCCAUUAAAAAAUUUCUUCAUCCAUUCUCAAAGGAUAAAUCUUCAAACUCAGGGUUAGAUGAUGCUGUAUGCCCCAUCUGCCUAGCGAGCCCAAAUAUUCCAUUUCUAGCUCUCCCCUGUCAGCACAGGUACAUUCCUUAUACUUUCAUUUCUCUAUUGGCCAUAAUUACUUCAUACAUGCAAAUCACUUAUAAUCGAAAGCCCAAAUGGCAUGGAUCGAAAUGUUUUAAAUCCUAGAUUAUAUAUCAAAACAGUCAUCGGACUGCUUGUGGUGGGCAGUUCUCUCACGUAGCCUGUUUCAUUGUGCAUUCCAUUGAUACAAAUAUAUGGUAGAAGAACGGUUCAAGAAUUUUACCAGAAUAUGUUUAGUAAUUACUUUAUUAAGAAUCUCAUGCAAUUUUGCAAUAUUUAAAUCUUUUAUUGAAAUUAUGAAAGGAGUGCUGACAGACCUAACCUUUGGCACUAUUUGCGAAUUGGCCGUUCUCAAACUCGAACCCCCUUUUCUAUGAAAUUAUAAAGCCACUUGCGCUCCAUUUGUUUAUACGGAAAAUAUUUUUUGAAAAAUGUUUUUUCGCAUUUUAUAGCGCUUGGUACAACGGAAAAUGAAGUCAAUGGAAAAAGUUUUCCAUGGACAACGGAAAACAAGCUA